AGUAGCAAUUAUAACUAAAUUAAAUUAUUAUUGAAAAUGUUAAUCAGAAAUAUAAUAUGUAAUUGUCGUUAAGUUUACUAUGAAGUACUAGACACAAUUAUUUAUACAGGGAGUCCUGCGACUCAUGGUCAACCGAUUAGGAGGUGAUUCUACAGGCAAAAAUAAGUCAAAAAAAAGAAUAAAAAUUUUUCCUCCGGGUUUCCGUUUUCGUGAAAAUCGAAGUCGAAAAUUUACUCGGUGCGUGUGCACUCGGUACAUGUCGACUUCGUGCAUCUCGCUGUACACUUUUGUUUUGGAUCUUAUUUGUAUCUAGAAACAUAGCAAUGACCUCGGUUGACAGUUUGUUUAUCUUACUGUCUUAUCAUCGGUAUGAUUAUUCAGUAUCUAACAGUUUCUCAAUAUAGCAGCUUAUUUGAGUAGUGAGUAUACGGAUAUGAUUCUCGCACUCGGAGCAUGCUAGGAUAAAUCGAAUGCCAUUUCGCGUUUGCAUCAAAUGUGCUAUCCGAAUCGUCGUCGCCACGAUAGACGACUUAUUCAAAGGGUAGAACAAUCUCUCCAUGACCGUGGCAGUUUUUCUUGCUCCAGAAUUUGGUGUCAAAUUCGGGCAAUUCAGGACUCGGUAGAAGAUGGACUCGGUGUUUUGCAAACUACAGAGCCUCUCUCAACACAUCUCUUCAACUUAGAAGCAGAAAGAUGGCGACCAUUAAGAGCGAGGCUCUCUCCCAUAUUUACAUCUGGGAAACUGAAAGAAAUGUUCUAUCUCAUAGUCGAAUGUUCGCAGCAUUUGGAAAAAUAUUUGGCUAAAGAGGUUGAAAAAGGAAAGCCUUUGGAAUGUCGAGAAUUAACAGCAAGAUUCAUGACUGACGUGAUUGGUAGUUGUGCUUUCGGAAUUGAAAUGAAUGCACUAGCAGACGAGAGAAGCGAAUUCCGUCAAAAGGGUAGAGACGUCUUCGAUGCAUCGUCUUUCGAAAACAUCUUUCGAAAUAAAAUGAAAGCAUUCUUCCCUAAGCUGUACGAUUUGCUUGGUGAUAUAAUACCCGAAAGAAGAUUCUCCUCAUUUUUCACCAAAGCUGUUACAGACACUAUAAAAUACAGGCAAGAGAAUGACAUCGUAAGACCAGAUUUCAUCAACAUGCUUAUGGAACUUAAAGCGCAUCCAGAGAAACUGAACAAUAUCGAAUUGACGGACUCUUUACUGACUGCACAAGCAUUCGUGUUCUUCCUCGCGGGUUUCGAAACCUCAUCGACGACGAUUAGCAAUGCUCUUUAUGAAUUAGCCGUAAAUCAAGAGAUACAAAAUAAACUACGAGAAGAAAUAAUGGAGUACUGCUCUAAAGACAAAGGAGAGUUGAAAUACGAGACUGUAAAAGAAAUGGAAUAUUUAGAUAAAGUAUUCAAAGAAACGUUAAGAAUGUACCCACCUGGAUCAUUACUAUUUCGAAAUGCAAUAUCAAACUACACUUUUGAUGGCACUAAGGUUUCAAUACCAAAGGGUACAACAGUCUGGAUCCCAGUGUUUUCCUUGCAACGAAAUUCUGAUAUUUAUCCAAAUCCUGAUUCUUUCGAUCCGGAAAGGUUCAAUGAAGACGCUGUUGCAGCUCGACAUCCUAUGCACUAUUUACCAUUCGGUGAUGGACCAAGAAAUUGCAUUGGUGCACGUUUCGCAAUUUAUCAAACCAAAGUUGGCCUUAUUGCAAUUCUACGGAAUUACAAAGUAGACGUUUGCGAAAAGACAAGCAUUCCUUACGAAUUUGAUCCAGCUGCGUUUUUAUUAGCACCAAAAGAAGGGAUAUACUUGAAGUUCACAAAAAUACAAAGUUAAUGUAACUUAUUUGACAUACAUUAAAUUGAAAAUAUUUUUUGUAAGUCAUUACACAUUAUGGAUGUAAAAAACAAUAUAGAAGGAAUGUAUAUUUGUUGCUCAGAUUUUUUGCGCGGGGACACGGAAGGCAAGAUGUCAACAAACAUGAAUCAAACAUAGAUACAUAUCAUAUAUACAUAUACACGUACAGCCGCUAAUGGCUGUCCAUAGCCUACAGUAUUCGAAUAUCGUAUGCCUACAGAAUGUAUAUUUGUUGCUUAAUGUUAAGAUAUCUUUUGUAUACGAGAUGGUUAAUUUAACCUAUAUGACGGAGAGGAUACUAAAUAAAUUUUUUAAAGUUUUUCCUUCAGUAUUUUUUUGUAUUAACGCGGAUGUCUUUAGUAGACAAAAAAACGGGUAAUUUGCGUAAAUCGAGAGAAGAGCGUAUAGUUUAUUUAAACAUUUUAAAUAAAAAUUAGAUUUGUUUAAAAAUGGAUUUGAAGAAUAAUUUGUUGAACAAUUUCCUUACAGUGACAUUCAAAAAUAUCAAUGUUACUCAAGCAUGACAGAAAAUAAAAUUCGAUCCUCUGAGGGAAAGAUAGGAAAUCAAAAUUUCGUAAAAUGUUGAUAUUUUGCGAUUGUUCUUUCGUUCUGCGCGAAUUCGACUGCACAAUGAGUAAUGAGGUGUAGUCUUUGGUAUCGAAGCAAUCUACUAUUACCAUCAACGUGCAUUAGACUGUUGCAGUAUGUAUUUCACAUUUUUAUACUAAAGUAGAGCAGAUGGUUUUCGUUAUCAAGGCACAAAUUUAAAACCACUUGAAAACAAAGGGAUAUCUAGUCUUGUUGGAUCUGUAAUCAAUGCACUGGUGAAACUCCGAAGUUUCGAACCGCAUAUACGGAAAGCAAACUAUCGUAUACGCUGUAAUCCAACUGUAUUCGAAGAUUUGUAUACUUAAAAUAUUUAAAAUUAAAUGGAAGAGAGUUUUAUCGAU